GUCCACACGUAUAAAGCAGCAGCUCUGCCUCCAUCAGCUCGUCUUCAUCAUCUGGUGAGGAAGAUGCUGCAGCUCUCAGAGCGAACGAUGUUGUCCAGCCUGCUGGGACUGCUGGUCCUGUCCUGCACCUGCUCAGCCAUGACCAUGUCGACCCCCCCGUACUCCCCCACCAUGCAGGCCCCCGGGGUUCAGGACAACCGCUUGAUGAACCCCACCGACACGUCGCAGCUGCCCGUCAACAGCAACCUGAUCUGUGACAUGCUGUUCAACGCCCCCGUGCCCCCCUCCAUCGACCAGAUCCCCUUCUUCUGCAUCUGCUCCUACUGCAAGGGGACCGUGGGCUCCAAGGGCGAGCGUGGAGACCGGGGUCCUCCAGGGGAUCCUGGAAGUCCUGGACUCAGAGGACUCAUGGGCUUCAAAGGCUACAGAGGAUUCACAGGACCUGAGGGGGUCAAAG